GACGUCACGUUCCCGCGAUACGAGACUUGGGGUCGGGGUCGGGCCGGCGGUACCAGGGAGCCGGAGCUGCGGGAUGGUUACACAGCGGGACUUACGGUCCAGCAUGGUGGGCAGCGCCCGUGAGUGUGGAUUAAAGAGACAGCUGCACCUCUAAGACUGUCUGGAAUGGAGUUCUGUUGGAUAUAACGCCCCAGAAGAUGGCUCUCACUCACCAGCAACUCCCCGCACCCUCCUCGUUCCUCCCUCGGCUUUAGUUUCCCCGGCGGCCGUGUUACCUGACUCCCAGGUCGCUCUGUAAGAAGGGCGCGGGCAAUUCUCUUUUACUGUGUGUCCCUAGGGACUCCCGUUGCCCCACUUAUUGCCCCGCCGACACACAGCCAACAUGUUUACUGCUCUGAAGAAACUGGUGGGCUCCGACGCUUCCGCAGUCAGGGACAAGAACAUCCCGGCCGGGCUGCAGUCUAUGAACCAGACGCUCCAGAGGAGGUUUGCUAAAGGGGUGCAGUAUAACAUGAAAAUAGUGAUCCGGGGGGACCGAAACACGGGCAAGACCACUCUCUGGCACCGACUGCAGGGGAAGAAGUUUGUGGAGGAAUAUAUCCCCACUCAGGAAAUACAGGUCACCAGCAUCCACUGGAACUACAAAACCACUGAUGAUAUAGUGAAGGUGGAAGUCUGGGACGUGGUUGAUAAAGGUAAAUGUAAGAAGAGGGGCGAGGGCUCCCUGAAACUGGAAAACGAGCCCCAAGAGGAGGCGGAUAUGGCUCUGGACGCGGAGUUCCUGGAUGUGUACAAGAAUUGCAACGGGGUCAUUAUGAUGUUCGACAUCACAAAGCAGUGGACAUUUACCUACAUUAUGCGGGAGCUGCCCAAGGUGCCCAGCCACGUGCCGGUGUGUGUGCUCGGCAAUUACCGGGACAUGGGGGAGCACCGGGUUAUCCUGCCCGACGAUGUCCGGGAGUGCAUUCAGAAUCUGAACAGACGCCCUGGCUCCUCCUACAUUCGCUACGCUGAGUCUUCCAUGAAGAACAGCUUUGGGCUGAAAUAUUUGCACAAAUUCUUUAAUAUCCCUUUCCUGCAGCUUCAGAGAGAGACCUUGUUGCGCCAGUUAGAGACCAACCAGCUGGAUAUCGAUGCCACGCUGGAGGAGCUGUCGGUGCAGCAGGAGACGGAGGAUCAGAACUAUGACAUCUUCCUGGAUAUGUUAGAAACGAACAAGCGCCAGGCCUCCCUGGCAGCCACCAAUGGGCAGAGCCCGGCCUCCGGCUCCCAGUCUCCGGUGAUGGCCAUGAACUCCGGCUCCCCGGACUGUUCCAGCCCUGGCACACCUAUGCAGCUGCCAUCUUCCAUGCCAGCCAGCCCCCCCCCUCUGGCGGCUUCCCCCCCUCCUCCAAUGGCCGACCUCCCCGAAUUUGCAGCCUCUCCUUCCUCUGCUGUGUCCUCUCCUCUUCCUCCGUCCCAAGCGCCAACACAGAAACGGGGGUUCAUAUCCCGGCUCUUUGGCUCAGCCGCCCCCGAGACCCCUCCAACAAGAACAGACAGUGUUGGCUCCGCCGAGCAGCUGGGGAAGGUGCAGAGCGUAGAGGACUUUAUCCCCGAUGAGAGCUUGGACCGAAGUUUCCUGGAGGACAGUGGGGCCCACAGAGAGCAAGGGAGAGCGCCCCCUAGGGAACAGAAGGACAGCGAUAGUGAUGGAGAAGCAGCCGGUACCAACCCCAUGGUCGCCGCAUUCCAGGAUGACUUGGAUCCAGAUGACCGGGUGGGUGUUAAACCCAGUGCUGCCCCGGUGGUGCCCAGCAAGCAUGUUACCCUGUCUAGUGACGAGGAGGGGCCCGACCCAGUGCGAAUUGCAGCCGACGAGGAUAUUGAUUCAGAACCAGAUAUAUGGAAACCCCCACAAACAGCUGUUUCUCAGAAGAACCCCCCCUCAGGUCAGCUGAUUGGCGGCGCGGUGCAGUCCACUGGCAAACCCAAGCGGGGGAAGCCGAGCACCAAGGAGGAGUCUGAAAGCGACCAGGAAGGGCCCGUUGCCUCCCAGAUGCUCUCUUUUGUCAUGGACGAUCCGGAUUUUGACAGCGAAGAUUCAAGUCGUGCCCCCAAGCAACCGGAAGUGUUCCCGGCCCACAAUCACCUGUCGGACAGCUCCAGCGAAGACGCUGCUCCAUCUGUACCGGCGCCGGUGACCAAGCCGUCCGUCCCAGCCUUUAAAACCAGACAGGACGGGGACCUCUUUGGCCUGGGCUUCGAGGAGAAGGAGACGAAUGAGAACAAUGGGGAAGAUAAAGAGAGCAAGGUUUCCAAGGAGAAGAAGAAGAAAAAGAAGAAAACAAAGGAGGCCCCCGAGGAAGAGAAGGAUGGGAAGAAGAAGAGCCGACACAAGAAGGGCAAGGAGAAGGAGGAAGGCAAGGAGGAGAAGAAGAAGAAGCCCAAGAAGAAGAAGGACGAGUUCGAUGAGCUGGAAGCCUUCCUGGGAGGCGGGGCUCCGAGCCGGCCGCGCUCGGGGGGAGAGUACGAGGAGCUUUAAGCGCUAUGGGAGCCCCGCCUCCUCUCGUGCUUUCUCUUCCCACUCUAUGGACUCUCUGCUUCCUUCAUCAGGCGUCCAAUCGGGGUGCAGCGCGUCGAUCCCGCCAGUUGGUGCGCUCGCCCCUCUCUCUGCACCAAAAGUCCCAACGCACAGCGGCGGCAGAAGUGAAGGGGUUAAAGUGGUGCUUCAACUAAUCCCUCCCCCCCCCCCCCACCAAACUCCUGUGCUGGGCCUCAGACUCCAGAGCUGACACUCCUGGGCCGCCGUGGUUCUGAGGGGGGUGGAUUUUAUGGUUCGGGGGCCCCGGACUAAGGACGUGGGGCUCAUUCUCAGAAACCGUUACUGCACUUCUGCCCCUCGGCCACAAGGAGGCGCCCACGUAGCAACUGCUGCUUUUACACCACCCCCUUCUGUUUAUUCCUUGUUGUGUUUCCUAAUAUUUGGGGGUGGGACCCCCCCCAUUCUUUGUGUUUAUUUUAUUUAAUCACCCCAAGAUCAAUUGUGUCACGUGACCAAUAUGGCAGCCAUUUUCUCCCCAGGGUACUUUGCACGAGGGCGCGGGUUUGCCUUACUACUAACUUUACGUAUUGCCCUGUAAUGAUGUCAUUAACACUGCCGGGUCCAGUAACCCGUAGCAACCAGUCACGAGGGUAGUAUUUAAUGGCCAACAGGAAAUAUCUGAUUGGUUGUUAUGGGAUACAAACUUUGACUUUUAUUGGCACCUUGCCGUUGGUCUUAAUACAGUUUUUAUUUUGUUCUUUCUCUCCAUUGGUCGAGAGAAAUAAUUAGAAGUUAGGGAACUCCUCUCCACCAUUUUCCAAGAUGAUGAUUUGUUUUGCAGAUAUAUAUAUAUAUAUAUACUGAACUAGUCCCUGCACCCCGCCAUCCCUUGCUGGUUGCUAGGGGUCAUUGAUCCUGGCAACCUUGAUUUUAAAUGGAAAUAGGCAAACUGUGCAGACCAGCUGCAAUGCCGGAUGGUUCCAUCUGCGCCAUACUCAAAGUUAAUAUGAAGGCUAACUUCCCCUUUAACCAGCCCAGACAUUGAUGCCAGUCCCGGCCUAGGGGUGAGUGGAAGGGUCCGGCGGAAGGGGGGGGGGGUGUGAUACCAGAACCAAUUUGAUUGACCAAGUUUGUAUAUUCCUGUAGUGUUUGUGCUAUGUGGGGGCGGGGCCUUGCUUGGUGCCCCCCAAGUAUUUUGUGGGCCCCGCUAUAUGUGAAGGUAUAGGGCCCAUUAGACUGUCUCAUUCCAGGUCCGAUUAGCCUCAUUUCAUUCCAUGAUGGUUCCGCUCCAGUCAUUCCGGCAGCUUCCGUCCUGCAGAGGGCAGUUAAUUAGGCUCCCCCCAGAUAGAGGAUUGUUCUACCCCCCCAGUGCUUCCCAUGUGCUGUAUCCCCCCCCCACCAAGCCCUCGGUGUGGAUCGGUACCACUCAGCCCGAGUGCAUUACAGCUCAGCUGCACAAAAGCAUUAAAGGGGAAGUAAACAGGGUAAAUCCCUGAAAUUUUAAUGGGGGGGGGGGGGUGGUAAAAAAAAAAAAAAAAGCCAUGUUUAUGCUAAGGCGUGGGUAUAGGACCCAAAGCAGUUCUGAGAGUACAGGCAGUAUUUAUUCAGACUGCCCCCCCCAUGUAUAACUGCUCCAAGUGGGAGUGGCUAGGGAAGCCUGCCCCCACCCCCAACUCAACCAAACAGCAUGCAGGCCCUAUAUGCCCUUCCUUUUUCUGGAGCAGUGGGGCAAUUAUGGAUCUGCCCCCCCCUCUGUAAACAAACGGUUAAUCUCGCUGGCACUUGUUUUCCUGCAGGGGGUUCUGUUAUCCGGAACCACGUGCCACGAUUCAGCUUGGUCCGACUGGUGCCCGCCCACCCUAAGUGCAAUUGGGUCACGGGGUUGGGCCCCGCCCACGCUACAUGGGCUCUGCUGGUACUGUUACAUGGACACGCCCACACUUGUAUUUCAUUGGAUAAAAUAAAAUGCAGUUUCAUUUUGUGGAA